UCAGUUCUAUUAUAGUCUAGAUAUGUAUUUUGUUCCAUUGAUCAAUAUUGAAUGUGUGUGUUAUCUAUAGUUAUUUGCGUCCUAUCCAGAGUUUAAAUGCUAGUGGUUGAUUAGAUGUGUGUGUUGCUAUGUGUUCAUAUGGUCUGUUGCUACGUGUUAUUAUGGCCUGUAGUGUCCCAUGGCUAGGGUGAAAUGGUGGAGGCGGUACAACAACAUGUGAAGUCUGUGAGCUUUGAGCUGAGGAGGGAGCUGAGGGACAGUGAUGUCACCUACCUGAACGCCCAUGGAGAGAUACUGGAGCCACACACUGUACAGGAGCGUGUGGUAGGUCUCCAUUUGAUGGGGCCCAGUGCAGGGGAGGUGAUCCAGGGCUUUGCUUUGGCUCUGAGGUGUGGUCUGAUCAAACAGCAGCUGGACACCACUGUGGGACUCCACCCUGUUUGUGCCCAGGUGUUGACCAAACUGACAGUAACUCAGCGUGCCACUGACACCAUGAUGGUCAGAGGGAACUGCUGAGGUUAGCCCCCUGCUGUCAAUCACUGUUGUCCAAGGCAACGGUACAGAUAGCAGGGAGAAGCCUGUCAGAACAUCCUCAUUGUUGAGUGACGGGCAGCUAUCAGCCGUCUAAUGACAUCUGAGUCCGGAGCCUGAUUGACAGGUGGGCGGGGACUGACACUGCUGCUGCUGGCCCAAGACACUGGGAUCACUUCCCGUUUACAUGUUUUUUUUCUUCUCUUUUAAACUCUUUCUUUUGCCAUAUUAAUGAACCAAACGUUGAUAUUAACCUGCGGAGGCACCUCUGACACCUUUCAGCUGUGAACUCUGCAGUCCAUAUGAAUACUCAUUAGUCUGUGACUGUACUGACUCAGUUUAAUGCCUGCUGAGUAGCAAUAAAGCCCUGAUUGAGCAUUUAAAUACUGUGGAAACACAGUUCAUGCUUUUAUGCAGGGUUCUGUAGCUACGGGCUGAAGGGAUUUAAGUGCCAUAAUGUAAUGUAAUGAACGGAUCGAGAUUAAACUAUUAUCAGAAUUAAGAAAUAUUCAUUAAUAAAAUGCUCUUACUUUUAAUGAAAGUAAGUGGUUCACAUAGGGAUACAUUAACCUAAGACUACAAUCUCUCUGACUGUCUUUUUCUCUCUCUCACUAUCUCCAUUUGUCAUUCUCUCUGUCUCAGUUCUGCAGGACAUAGUGACUGCCUUAAACACUGUGAUGAAUAUUCACAGGGAUCAUUAGUAAGGUCUCAUACUAAUGGGAGGAGAGACAGGGGCAAAAGGCUACAACAGAACCCCCCCUAAUAAGGCUAUUAACAUCCAUCACUUCAGACACAAAUGUUACCUACAAUUCAGAGUAAGCACGUGUGUGUGCAUGCGUGCAUGUAUGUGUUUGUGCUGCAUCUCUCUCUUUUAUGCAGACACUUUUUCACCUGUCAGCACAUAAUCACCGGUAUGUCCCCAUGGAACAUUGUAGAGGCAUGCUUCACCAACGAUUUAGUUCUGCUUGAGGAAGACAUUUUUUAUUACUGCUUACAGUUCAGCUUGUCCUCUAGACAACCUUGCUAUUUAUUCCUUAUGCAGACACAUUGAGCAUUCAGAGACUGAGACUGAUGUACCAAUAAGGGAAAGUACACCAGUCUACAAACGCUAUUAGAAUAUAUUUAGAUCAAUAGAAGGAAAGCGGAACAGUGUCUGUCUGGAGAUGUAUUUGAUAUCACCCAGAACAAGUUAUUAGGAAUACCAUUCAGCUAUGUCUCCAAUUGUCCUAGUUAUAAUCAUAUAACGAUACAUUUAUUCAAAUUUUUGUCACUUUGCUUUGGGAUCUUUUCAGAAGGUAUUUCCAUUGGUUUUUAGAAUAGAUCACUGUGGACUUGCUCAAUAAAGAUCCACAGUGAAGGUGGCCUAAUACCCAUAAAACCUAGCGGUCAAACAGGAAAAUGGUUCCAAUCGUUUUUCCACCAUUUAUUUUUCCCAUUGGGGAUUUUAGAAACACUUAAAAUAAGGGCUGUGUUUCAUGUAGGCUUACCAUGGCGUGACAUUUUGAUAACCAUGUAAAUAUCUUUCAGACAAGCCCCACAUUUUCUGCAAAAAAAUUAUACAUGUUAUUUUUUGGGGUGGGGGGAUUGCCUGUUUUGCAUGUUAU